AUCUGGGCCGCGGACUGUCGGUCCCUCUUGAGCACGGCCUUGCCGGUUUGGCGGGGUGAAAGGUUGCGAAGAUGGCGACGGCCUUGAGCGAGGAGGAGCUGGACAAUGAAGACUAUUACUCGUUGCUGAACGUGCGCAGGGAGGCCUCUUGUGAAGAGCUGAAAGCAGCCUACCGGCGGCUGUGUAUGCUUUACCACCCCGACAAGCACAGAGACCCAGAGCUCAAAUCGCAGGCCGAGCGACUGUUUAACCUCGUUCACCAGGCUUAUGAAGUGCUCAGUGACCCCCAGACCAGGGCCAUCUACGACAUCUAUGGCAAGAGAGGACUGGAGAUGGAAGGCUGGGAGGUUGUGGAAAGGAGGAGGACGCCAGCCGAGAUCAGAGAAGAGUUUGAGCGGCUGCAGCGCGAGAGGGAGGAGAGGCGACUGCAGCAACGCACCAACCCCAAGGGGACCAUCAGUGUUGGCAUCGAUGCCACUGACCUUUUUGAUCGCUACGAGGAGGAGUAUGAGGAUGUGUCCGGAAGUGGCUUUCCACAGAUUGAAAUUAACAAGAUGCACAUAUCACAGUCCAUUGAGGCACCCCUGACAGCUUCAGACACAGCCAUCCUCUCUGGAAGCCUCUCAACCCAGAAUGGGAAUGGAGGGGGUUCCAUUAACUUCGCACUCAGACGAGUCACUUCUGCAAAGGGCUGGGGAGAGUUAGAAUUUGGAGCUGGGGAUCUGCAGGGGCCUUUAUUUGGCCUGAAGCUGUUCCGUAAUCUCACACCAAGAUGCUUUGUGACGACACACUGUGCCCUGCAGUUUUCGUCCCGCGGCAUCCGGCCGGGCCUCACCACCGUCCUGGCCCGGAACCUGGACAAGAAUACGGUGGGCUACCUGCAGUGGCGCUGGGGCGUCCAGUCAGCCAUGAACACCAGCAUCGUCCGGGACACCAAGACCAGCCACUUCACCGUGGCCCUGCAGCUUGGAAUCCCUCACUCCUUCGCACUCAUCAGCUAUCAGCACAAAUUCCAGGAUGACGACCAGACGCGAGUGAAGGGGUCCCUGAAGGCCGGCUUCUUCGGGACGGUGGUGGAGUACGGAGCAGAGAGGAAGAUCUCUAGGCACAGCGUCCUCGGGGCGGCUGUCAGCGUUGGAGUCCCGCAGGGAGUUUCCCUCAAAAUCAAGUUAAAUAGGGCCAGUCAGACCUACUUCUUCCCCGUCCACCUGACAGACCAGCUGCUGCCCAGUGCCGUCUUCUAUGCCACCGUGGGGCCGCUCGUGCUGUACUUCGCCCUGCACCGCCUGGUCAUCAAACCCUACCUCAGGGCUCAGAAGGAGAAGGAACUGGAGAAGCAAAGGGAAAGCACAGCCACUGACAUCCUGCAGAAGAAACAGGAGGCAGAAGCCGCGGUUCGAUUGAUGCAGGAAUCUGUCCGAAGAAUAAUCGAGGCUGAAGAGUCCAGAAUGGGGCUCAUCAUCGUCAACGCCUGGUACGGGAAAUUUGUCAACGACAAGAGCAAGAAGAGCGAGAAAGUGAAGGUGAUUGAUGUGACCGUGCCCCUGCAGUGUCUGGUGAAGGAUUCCAAGCUCAUCCUCACUGAGGCCUCCAAGGCUGGGCUGCCCGGCUUCUAUGACCCGUGUGUGGGUGAAGAGAAGAACCUGAAAGUGCUUUACCAGUUCCGUGGGGUCCUACAUCAGGUGAUGGCGCUCGACAGCGAGGCACUCAGGAUACCAAAGCAGUCUCACAGAAUUGAUACUGAUGGAUAAACUACUUGAGAACCCAGAUUCAAAAGGGGCUGCAAAAGAAUUUCCCCAGGAGUUAACAAAUUUGGAAGCAGGAAAAAAAAACCCAGAAUCAGAUGUUUAUUUUGUAUUUGCAUAGAAAGUGGUACCGGCUCAAUUAUGUGAAGGGACACACAGGUGCCCCGAGGCAACCCCACCAGGACCGGAACCGCAGCUGGGCCCGAGUCUGUUCCCAAGGAUCAUGUCCCCGCAGGGAAGGCCCGGCACCCGGGGCCUCAGGGUCCCUCAGCCUGCGUGCCCGCUGAGCCACCCAGUAGCUCUGUCUGCCGUGAGGUAUUUAUGAAUACCUCACCCUCAUGCCCGUGACCGUGAGCUACGUUUCCUAAAAUCCACACUGAACACAGAAAACAAAACGGAAGGAGGGAAGGCGUUCCCAGGAGCAGAGUCUCUGGAUCAAGUGAAUGCCUGUUGAGUCACCUUCCUUCUGAAAUGUGACUGCGUGAAUCUGGACAGGAUGGUGUGGGUUUAUAAAUCUGCUUUUUACCUGAGAACGAGUGGCUUUGGGAAUUAAGUCUCCUUCGUCCCCUCCCAGAACUUCUCAAGUCAUUCCACUGGCACCUGGCUUGGGACAGAGGAUGUCACUCCGGUCCCAGGAUGUCACCUGUGUCCUCGUGGGAAACCGCAAUGCCUCUGCCCUCCCCCACGCAGCUCAGUCCAGGCGGCCCCCAGAGAGGUCAAAGUGGGAGCCAAGAGGCUCAAGGGGUUCUGGCGGGCUCCUUGCUGCUCGCUGCCAGCCGGUGGCACUGCUGCUCCCACACCUGGUCAGUCUGUCUCCUCUGGGCUGCCCAUACCCAUUUGGGUGUCUGCUCCCAGGAUCCCCUUCCUUCACACGCCUCUUUUGUGGAUGCAGAGUAUUUCAGGACCAGGCCCCUCCUGCCCAGCCUGGCUGGUGAACAGUCACCGGAGGAGCGGAUGCCUGCCUGGUGGGGGUUCAGGCAGCCUCCGUGCGGCUCCUGUUCAAUCAGGCCUUGCUCCUGACGUCGGUACCGGAGAAGUCACUCACAACCCCCUUCCUCCAGUGUUUAAAGAUAGUUCAGGUUGUCCAAUUCUGUAAUAUUUAUCUCCACUUAAAAGUUCCCUGCAGGAGCUGCUGCUCUGAAUGUAAAUCGUGCAAUAAGUGUCGAGUUAGUGGAGUCCGACCUUGACCGCAGCCUGUGCCCCUCCUGGCAGGCCGUCCCUCCUGUUGUUGAACAGGGACUGAACAGAGGACACGCUCUUACCACAAUAAACCUUUCCUGAAAGCCGGGGGCACUGUC